AUGCAUGGUUCCUAUAAGAAAACUAUUGCAACAGUUGAUUUACUCAUUACACAACUCCAUGCUUACGAAGCAUAUGAAUAUCUUGAUGAUAUAGACGCUCCAAAACUUUUGUGGGAUAGUUACAAACAAGAUUAUAAUCAUCUUCGGAAAGCUCAAGAGAUGGCCAAGUUACAUUCAUACUACGUUGCUGAUGGAACAGAAGAACUUAAUUAUUCUGAAGAAAAUAUGGAGGAUAAUUUUACUGAACAGCACAGAAAUUUCCCAACUUACAGCAAAGGUUUUAAAUUCUACCUCACAGUAAAAGGUCCCACAUUUAUGAGAAAAUGUGAAACGGACAAAAGAAAACUUCUAAGAGAAAAUCAAGAGACUUUGAACAUGAUGAAAAGAGGUCACUAUGUAACUAAAGCCUGUUCGGAAUGUAGAAAUGAGCGGAAGAAGUGCAGCGAAGGAAUUCCCUGUCAAAGAUGCUUAAAACGUGGUAGGGACUGCGAUAAAAGUUGGAAUCCAGAGCAAAGAGGGCCAAAAAAAAAGACAGCUGGAUUUUUAUCUGGUUAUACAUUUCCAGAUAAUUUUUUGUCCAACAUAUCCGACUUCAAUCAAGAUAAUCAUUUGUCCGCCAUACCAUCAGGAGAUGCCAACUUCAAUCAAGGUAAUCCUUUGCCCGCCAUAUCAUCAGAAGAUACCGACUUCAAUCGAGAUAAUAAUACCAACGAAGAGAAUAACAUUAUCGAUGAAGCUGGAUUUUUAUCUGGUUAUACAUUUCUAGAUAAUUUUUUGUCCAACAUAUCCGACUUCAAUCAAGAUAAUCAUUUGUCCGCCAUACCAUCAGGAGAUGCCAACUUCAAUCAAGGUAAUCCUUUGCCCACCAUAUCAUCAGAAGAUACCGACUUCAAUCGAGCUGGAUUUUUAUCUGGUUGUAUAUUUCCAGAUAAUCCUUUGCCCAUCAUAUCAUCAGAAGAGAAUAACAUGAUCGAUGAAUCUGGGUAUGAUGAUAUGUUUCUAGAUAAUUCUUGGUUCACCAUACCAUCAGGAAAUGCCAACUUCAAUCAAGAGAAUAACAUGACCGAUAGAGAUAGAUUUUUAUCUGGAUAUGAUGGUAUUAGUAUGUUUCCAGAUAAUCCUUUGCCCAUACCAUUGGAAUAUGUCGACCUCAAUCAAGCUGGAUUUUUACAUGGAUAUUAUCCUAGGUUUUCAGAUAAUCUUUUGCCCGCCAUACCACCAGAAUAUGUUGACUUCAAUCAAGAUAAUAACACUCAACAUAUGAUGAAUUUGAGAUUUGAUUAUGGACGUAGACUUGGUGGUGUUCCCCCUAACAUCUGA